GCCCCGACCCCAUCCCAUCCGUGGUGUUGUGCCACCAGUCCACCAUAGAACGCCGCGCGCGCCGCCUGUAUCGCACCACCACACCACGUGCCCGACAACCGCACAAUUGCGCGCCGAUUGUGUAAACGUGAAUUAACCUAGGAUUUCGUCGCGCGCGAAAAGUGACAAGGUCGCUCUAGAUCGAAUAUUUUUUGUCGAAUCUGUGUUAACACCAGUGCCACGGAAUCGCUCAAGGACCAGUUUCUUCCGUCAAUGCUGUUAUCUGUUACCAGUGAAUGUAAAUAAUAGCAGAGACAUCGCUUUUCAGAAUGGCUCCAGCGCAAAAACACGUCCAAAUGUGUGGCGAAAUUCAAUCAGGACUGAAAAUCAGUCCUCUCACAUACGAUGCUGACAAAUUAAACGAAGCUCCACAGUACGAAAAUAAUAAUACAGUGUUGAGAAACAGUGCUAAUGAUAAAGUGAACAGUGAGGCAGACUUUGACAUUACUAAAUAUGAAGCUAUAGAUUUUAAGGCAAAACUUAGAUGGCCGGACCUAACCGUGCAAGUACUUUUGCAUUUAGUAUCAAUUUACGGAUUGUACCUGACGAUUAGUAACCAAGUGAAGUUAUUAACUUUAUUGUUUGCAUUAGGCACUAUAUACACGUCUGGGUUUGGAAUCACCGCGGGCGUACAUAGGCUGUGGUCACACCGAGCGUACAGGGCUCGAUUACCACUGCGGAUAAUACUGGCGUUGCUGUUUACUGUUACCGGACAGCGUGAUAUCUACACAUGGGCGUUGGACCACAGAGUGCACCACAAGUAUGCGGAGACGGUGGCAGACCCUCAUGACAUCAGGCGCGGAUUCUGGUUCGCCCACGUCGGUUGGCUGGUGUUAACCCCUCAUCCGGCUGUGGAAGACCGCCGCAUUGCACUUAAACCCACAUGUGCAGACCUACUCGCCGAUCCAGUAGUCAGGUUACAAAAACAGUUCUUCAUUCCAUUAUUCGCGUUGUUGAACAUCGCGAUACCUAUCUGGGUGCCCUGGUACUGCUGGAAUGAGACCCUGGUGAACAGCUUCGUCAUCAGUUUCGUGAUGAGGUUCACCAUCACGCUGAACAUCGCCUUCUGUGUCAACAGCUUCGCUCAUCUUUGGGGCAAUAAGCCUUAUGACAGAUUCGUGAAAUCUGUGGAGAACAGUAUUGUGAGCUUGGCAGCCCUGGGUGAGGGUUGGCACAACUACCACCACGUGUUCCCAUGGGACUACAGAACUUCAGAGCUGGGCAAACUGAACAUCUCCACAGGGUUCAUUGACUUCUUCGCCAAGAUUGGAUGGGCUUAUGAUUUAAAAGCCGCUACCACCGAUAUGAUAUCAAAGAGAGCUAAGCGCUGUGGAGACGGAACUUUUGGCGAGUCCGAAGAGCCAUACCCAACGGCAGAAAAACGUCACGCCGAAUGAAAUACUUCCAAAUAUAUCCCGAAUCUUGUACAAAAUAUAAAAAAAUACUUUAUUCGAGUAAUGUUUAUCUAUUCGAAUAAUCCAAAAGAUAAAUAUACAAUCCACAAUUUUUAUAAUGUAUUUAAAAUUAUAUAAUCAUAUUUAACACAUACGAGUUCGUCUUUUGUACAAUUUGUGUUUGUCUUUGUUAAAUACUAAUUGAGGUGAAAAAGGACCACAGCCUCAAAUUCUGUUUAUUUAACACAAAUAAAGUAAUUUAAAAUUUUAAUUUCAAUUACGACCUGUCACUCUCAUAGAGGCACACAAAAAAGUACAACUUUUUGCUACACAUAGCAGGGGAAAAUAAUUCUUCUCUCAUUCGUAAUAAGUUAGAUAUUGCCAUAAUUAUCUUUUACGCUAUGCUUGCUGCACAGGGUGAUUUUUAUUCUAAACCUACCGACGUUAAACUUCAUCAAUAUUUUUUCUAAUACAUUAAAAUCUACGGUUGGUAGUACUUAUUGUUGACAAAUAAUAAAAUAAUUAUUCAUUUCAGUACUUAUUACAAUCAAUAAAGUACUUCAAUCGAAAUAGUUUCAAUACUUAUUGAAUGUUAGAUUAUUAUUUAAUAAGUACUUAUUAUUAAUAAUACUUUUGUUAUAGUGACAUGAAAAUAUAUUUUGUUAAACGCUUUAGUUUUGUUAAAAUCCUUACCAACAUAUUGUUUUGUCUAGACAAUAUUUUUGUUAAAACAUUAAUUUGUUAUUGUUAAACUUAAGUACAAGUAUGAAUACUGUGGUGUAGAUUAUAUUAUUGUUAAUAAUAUUUAAUAUUAUAAUUAUAGAUACAGUCGACACUAAUUUCUUAAAGUUUUUGUUAAAAACAAGGCGCGAACUUUGAGGUUUAUGUACCUGCAGCCAUAUUGUGUUACUUUAUGUCAACUGUCAUUUUGACAGGCCGCCAUCUUUGAUUUAGUUCACUAGUUGAAUUUGUACGUAACACAGUUUGGUAGAUUUAUUUGUUAAAAUUAGUAGAUAUUUCGUUUAAUACUUAUAACUAAAGAGGAUCAGGGUGGAAAAUAUAUAUUUUUAUAACAAUGUCAUCCAUAUAGGAAACGAUAUACCUCGACAACUACGAUAUCAUUAUGUCUUCAUAAAUAUGUUCAUUUAUUUGACACAUUUUAUAAUAUAAAACACUAUAUUUUGACGUACCUAUAUAAAAAGAUAAUAAAUGAAUGUGUGAUGCUUGAUCUGUUCAUUAAUUCUUAAAGGAUUUUGUGAGAUAUUUUUAGACUAGAAGUGAUAAAAAACAUACCUAUAUAUUAUAUAUGUAAUUACGAAGUACCAAUAAAAUUGAUAAGAUCAAAAUUAUAUUAUAUUAUUAAUGAAAUAAAGGUGUAAUGUUUAAUCAUUUGAA